UAUACCAGUGGCGUAAACAGACUUUGACCAUAAAGAGUUUUAACUUCACUUCAUUGGGUACACCACUGGUUUAUGGAUGAAGGUCAUUAGUUUAGAUUUAUAUUUAUAGGUUAUGUAGACAUAAAUAAAUGCAAAGAUACCUACUCUGAAGAUCUGAAGUGUAUUAUUUAUUAAAUAAGAAUGGUUCGACAUAAAAAUAGAUAUAUUGUACUGGAAAUAAACGAAACAGGAAGAAACAAUACUUUGCAACUAAAACUUAAAGGCAUUUCCCUUCAGGAAGCGAUAUUAGAAAAAGUACAACAGUUACAUGGAGAUUUUGGUGUUGCAGCUGUACGAGCAGGGUUUACAGCGAAAUAUUUCAAUGAACACACUAGAGUUGGAUUUAUAAGAAGUCGAUGUGGUCCACAUAAGCUAGUUGCUAGUUCGAUCCCAUGCAUAAAGACUAUUGAGAAUAAAAAUGUAGUGGUGAACAUUUUAUAUGUAGGUGCUACUAUAAGGCAGUGUUUUAAUUUCCUUAAAAAUUAUCAGCAGAGAAAGUUCGAUGAAUACUGUGUCAAGUUGAAAACUGAUGAAGAAAAACUUGCCCUUAAAGAAGCGAUGUUGAAUUUUGAAAAUGUUUUAGCAAUAUUGUAGUUUGUUUUGUCGAUGUGUAUUAUUUUAUUAUAACACCAAUCUAUCUGUAUGUUAGGAAAUAAAUAUUUUAUUCAUUUAGUGAUAUUAGAAAUAUGUGAAACUACUUAUAUAUGACAUACAAAAAUACAACUACAUCAAUGAUGACUGGUGAAAAUAAAAGUGGUCAUAUUUUGUCGGUAUCGAAAAUAGUACAGAAUAUAAAAUUUUGAUAGUCUUCAUAUAAAUAGCAAGUAAAUAUGAAAAAUAUAGGUAAUAGUUAACAUUCAGCGGAACAUUUACAAACAUCAAACAGAAUGUGAUAUUUGUCAAACUGUUAUUUUUGGACAAAAUGAGGAAGUUAAUUAAUUUCAUAUACUUAUUUACCGCAUACUUUUUUUUAUUUACUAUCUAAGUAAGUAGUUAACGUAAAAGUUCGUUUUGGGGUUAAUUAUUUCUAAAAAUAAA